CAAACCAAUUGCUACCAUUGUGUAAUCUGUUCGGAUUUACAGACAGUUCCAAAGAAGCUUUAUUACUUUGAACGGAAGUAAGAAGUUCUCUAUCUUAGUUGACGGCGUCCAGGAUAAUAUCGACGAGAAAUAAAAUUUAUUUAAAACAUACGCUGUUAAAUAUAUAAGCUUAUUUUCUAAAUGGCACUAAGCAUUACAUGGUUUGUCAUCUCAUUAUUAUGGUUAAUAAGCCCAACAAUGAGUCAGGAGUUUAAUUUGACAAAAUAUGAGGAAAUGCCAUUGAAUGGCACAAUUGAAUUGGAAGAAAAUUCCACCAUGUUAGAAACACCAGCAGAUAAUGUGACUUCGUUUUCAGAAGAAGCCACAACAGCAUUUGACACUAAUCCCACAACACCGACAACUGCGCCUUUAUCGCUCGAUAGUGAAGAUUUUAGUUUAGACAGCUUAACUCAAGAAUUUAUUGAUUGUCCCAAACUUCCAGUGGACGAAGAUGAAUAUAAAGUUCUUCCAAAUAAAGCAAUUUAUGUUCCAUUGCUUGAUAAAACUUUUACCAAAGGCAAUUAUGUCGCUAUAGACGAUAUAGUUUUGGUGUGUCUUGUUUGA